UAUGAAGCGUUUUGCAGGUAUUUUUGCUGAACCAAAAUGGCGGGAUGCAAACCCAGAUCCAAAUCGAAUUCGGAGGCGCUUGUUGGAAUGGAGGGAGAGAAACGGCAGAAACUUCCAUAGAAGUGGAUUUCCAACUGAGCCAAUGAAGAAAUAGAGCCGAAUCAGCAACGACGAUGUGAUGAAUUUGAAACGAGAUUGAGUUUGGUCGGCGAUAUGAAUAACACGUGAUCAAAUUCUUUUCUUCUUUCAUUGUAGAAAAGGAAACCCUUAUAGCCUAAACAAUCACCUGUAUUUCCUCUGCUCGCUAACCCUACCCGGGCUGCAGUAAAAUUUCCUGUGCAAAUGCCACGUCGGACACAAAAAACUCAAUAAGCUAAGAUUCCGCCACGUAAUCCAAGUUAAGGAGGGUCACACGAAAAUCAACAGAGGGAGACGGAAUAAGUACAGAUGUCAGUGCCUAGUGAGCUGAAAAGCGGGUAAGAGACAGCCCACGCUCGGCAUUGCAAAAGAUUAAGACCGAACGAAUUAGGUUUUAUUUAAUUAAAAAGUAACAGUUAGAUCUGACAUUCCGUAAUUCUCAAACUAUAUGCACAAUUACAUUUCCAAUUCCAAUCUCUAUAGUAAGUAUUAUUUUAUUAUUUUAUAGUACUACUACAAGAUAUAAAACCCUUUUUAUUCAGUCUAAGCCAUUCAACCCCUAAAAUUACACAAUUCUCUCUCUCUCUCUCUCCCUCUCGGGCAAUGCAAACAGCCAAAUACUUGCACUUAAGCACUCUGUUCGAUUCAAAGUCCACCCUCCAACAAAAUAAAAAUAUCAAGAAAAAGAAAAGAAAAACACUCUAUUCCAUAUAUGUAUAUUAUCAAGUUAUCAACUGUAGCCCAUUUCACAGACCAAUCUUCUCUCGUUUCUUUCCCCAACAACUUCUAUGGCGACCCUCAUCUUGCCAUGUCAUCACUUGUGGAAUCCAGAUUCAUGCAACUCAAAAAGAUAAAUUCUUAAUCAGCUAAAUCAUCAAUUUAAACAUUCCAAAAAUCUCAAAUUUUUGUUUAUUAGCUAAAUAGUAUUAAGGGAUAUUGAUCUAAAACUAUAUUUACAUACUCUCAUCUUUCUAUUUUUGUAUUGGGCUAAUGUAUAUAUAGCCAAUUAAUAAUUUCCUGUACGAGUAAUGUACCUAAUUCUUGUUUGUUGCUAUAAUAGUAUUGUAUUACGGCUUCACAAGUACAAGUUCAUGAAUCUAACGUUAUGUAGAUUAGACUUACCUUUAUAACUCUAACAUUCACUUCGCUUCCAAAUAUACAAUAUUCUCCGCAGUCAACUCUUUUCACAGGCAAAUGUUCUCUUCAUUUUUUACUUUUCUUCUUCUUCUUCUUCUCCUCCUCCUCUUUACACUGCUCUGUCACUGUCACUCACCCAUUCCCCGUUCUCUCCCUAAUGAAUGCAAUGAGAAAUGUGGAAAGUUUCAUAUCCCAUUCCCAUUUCACUUGAACAUUUCUUGUGCUACAAUUUCUCCUGCUUUCCAUCUCUCUUGCACAAACUCCACCACUCUUUACCUAAACAUUGACUCUCAAAGCUAUAAAGUUCUUGAAUUCUUCUCUGAUGGUAUUUUAGUAGACUUUCCUGGUGCUUCAACUUGUCGCCAAUACAAUGAUUUGAAUUCCUUUCGUUUUAGUGGAAAUGAUCAUUUUGGGAUAUCUUCAAAUAAUGUUAUUGGCUUAUAUGAUUGUGAAGAUUCUUCUUUGUGCAAGGCAGAUUGUGAAACCAUUAACUUGUCAGACUGUGAUGGCAACUCCAAUGCAUCUCCUGCUUGCUGUUAUCCACUUUCUGAUCACAGUUCAUGGAAUUUAGGAGAUGGCUUUUCAGUUUUUUCUAAGUUUGGAUGCAGAGGAUUCUCUUCUUGGGCUGUUACUGGAGGUUCUAAUACUGGAAAACGUGGGGUUAAAUUAGAAUGGGCUGUUCCUGCUAGGAAUUAUUCUAUGGGAGCCUGUGCUAUCAAUGCUAACACUGUCAAUGCCACUUCAGUUGAAGGAGGUGUAAGAUGCAAAUGUCAGGAUGGCUUUGUUGGGGAUGGCUUUGCCACUGGAGUAGGAUGUUUGAAAUCCUGUAUCAAGAAUGGAGUGGAAGCAAAUGGAACAGAUUGCUACACAAAAAGGCAAAGUGGAAAAGAAGUGUCCAUUUUAGCUGGAGUUGUUGGCCCAAUAUUUAUUAUUGUGUCCCUAAUUGCGCUGUUCUGUCUCUUAAAACGACCUGGUAAAUCUGGUUCGUAUGAUCCUGACCAGGCACAUUUCCAUAGUACUAUCUCAUUCAGAAAAGCUUGUAGAACUAGAUUAUUCACUUACCAUGAGCUUGAGGAAGCCACUAAAGGAUUUGAAGAUGCUCAAAUAAUUAUGCAUAGCUGGAAUGGUACAAUUUAUGCAGGUGUUCUUGCUGAUGGGUCACAUGUCGCGGUGCACAAGGUAAAUUGCCAAGAUGAAAGAGAUGUAAUGCAAGUUCUAUCGCGCGUCGAGGUAUUAUCUGCAGUUUUACACAGAAAUAUGGCACGCAUUCUGGGAUGCUGUAUUGACUGUGGCUACACUCCUCUAGUAGUCUAUGAGUAUCCUGCAAAUGGCACACUAGAGGAACAUUUGCUUGCAAGUAAAGCACAAGGCAAAACUGGACUCGAUUGGUACAAGAGAAUGAACAUUGCUGCAGAAAUAGCUUGUGUCUUAACUUUUCUGCAGUAUGAAAUUAUUCCUUCCAUUUUUCACCACAGUAUAAAAUCUGGCUGCAUAUUUUUAGAUGAAAACCUCUCAGCUAAAAUCGCUGGAUUUAGACUAUUUGAAUCAAACCUUCUAAAUGAAUCUUCUCCAAAUAAUAGAAGCGAUGUUUAUGAGUUUGGUGUUAUGCUGCUAGAAUUAGUGACAGGGUCAAACACUAGCAACAAAGACCUUCCAGCUUUAGUAUUGCAGAAAAUAAGAAACGGAAAGCUAGAAGAAAUAGUGGAUCCAAGUCUUUAUUAUCAUGAGCAACCGUCUUUUCGCAGAGAGCAAAUAGAGAUAGUUGCAGACCUUGCAACUCGAUGCCUGUUAUUUGGUGGAGAUGGAAAAAUUGGGAUGAUAGAAGUGGCAAGAGAGCUUGUGCACAUCACAAAAGAUAGUGUUGAUGGUGGUAGCAAAAGAGUACCUGCACUUGAAGAGACAUUUUCUAAUUCAAGCCUCCUGCAAAUGAUAUCUAGGUCUCCUGAUUCUAUAUAUCUUCCUUAA